AUUGGCUUGGAUUUUUUUAAAAAAAAUUAUUAUUAAAAAUAAUGUUAUAAUAAUUCCAUAUGAAAAAAUAUUUUCUAUUCAUAUUUGGAGUAAUAUGGAUGAAUAUUGGGCUUAUAAUUGCUGAUUUAUUAAUUUUUUCUCCAAAAAAUAUAACAAUUGAUGUUUUUGAAGAUCUUCCGGCAGAAUUCGGUAGCAUUAUUCCUUUAUCGGGAUUGACUGGUUAUGUUGUUAUUUCUAAUCCAGCCAAAGCAUGUUCUCCUAUAUUGUCACCUCCUUUUAAUUAUUCUCUUCGACGAUGGUUUGUUCUCAUUGAAAGAAAUGGAUGUGAUUUUGAUUACAAAGUAUUGAAUGCCCAGAGAGCUGGCUAUGCCAUGGCCAUAAUAUAUAAUUUCGAAAAUGACGAGCUCAUCCCCAUGCAUGGCUAUAAAUAUGUUAAAAUGGUCAAUAUACCAUCUAUAUUCAUAGGAUGGACUGCUGGCAUCAAAAUAUUGAAGAGCUACACACAGGAACAUGGGAACUACGCGAAGAUUACCGGUGAAUUGCCCUUUAGCCUAAACAAUUACCUCCUCCCCUUCGCCGUCGUCAUAGGACUAUGCUUUAUCAUGAUGGUCAUAUUUUUGACCGUCAAAUUUAUGAGGGAAAGGAGGUAUCGAAUGAGAAAUAGGUUGACAGCUAGAAACCUUAAAUCUAUACCCGUUAAAAAAUACCACGCGGGAGAUGCUUUGGACACCUGUGCUGUUUGUUUAGAGGAUUACAACGAUGGCGAUAAAUUGCGAAUAUUACCUUGUUCACAUGCUUAUCAUUCUCAGUGUAUAGACCCCUGGCUCACAAAGAAUAAGCGAAAUUGUCCUAUUUGUAAACGCAAAAUUGUUUUUGGGAGGAAAAAGAAGAAAUUACGAAGCAAAUGUCACUUUCAUCAUAAUAGGAGGAAUGGCGAUUCCAUUGCCAGACAAGACGAGUCAACCCCAUUGUUAUCUUCCACUACCCAUCAGGUUUCCACCCCGACUACCUCUAAAAUCAGUUUGCUAGCUAAGCUAUUUCCUUCUUCUUCAAAGAUUCCUUCCACAUCGCAAUACGUUAAUUCGUCUCCUCGUGACACAAGUAAUUUUAAAGAUGACCACGAUGGAUUGGACGCUAGUAACACCGUCACUAUACUCGAAGUUCGUUCGGAACCGGAAAGACAUCACUCUCACCCCCACUAUUCUUCCGAUUCCACCUUCUCAUCCCAUUCCCGGUCUCGAUCCUCAAAUUCUUCAUCUUCGAAUCAAUCUUCUCGGCAUUCUCCGCCUCCUCCCCCACGUUUUUUUACUAAUCGCUCCACCCAAUCCACUAGGUCCGCCCUUCCUCACUCUCUUCCCAUGCCGGUGCACGGGGAUUUUUCUUCCGACAAUUAUGUUUCCGAGUCAGAAUCAGAAAAAGGGCACAUGAAUUUUAGUAAAGAUAAUAUUAGAUCUCCAACCUCUUCUCCCCGUGACAAUAUUAAUACAGAAAAACUUCCUUUAAUCACCGAUAAUAAAGCAUAUAAAGAUACCCAGCAUAAACUUCCCGUUUAUUCGACAUUUGCUACCGAUAGUUUUCAUCAUGUUUCAUUUUUGCCAGCCAUUGAAAAUGAUAAUUCUAUCAUGGAGGGAAGUAGGAAUUCUUCGAUAAAUCUAGGCUUUCAGAAUGGUCUCAAUACUUUGUCUGAACGAAUCGAUACAUUUUUGAAGAAAAAUUUUGGGAAGAACGACGAAGAUAAGGCCUUGACGACUUCAUUAUUAGAGAGAGUGCAAUUGAAUAAUUCUAAUGAUAAUAGUCUUGAAGUAAUCGUUCCGAAUAAUAGGAUCGGAAAGAUAUUUAAGCAAAAGGACAGUACUAAUCAUGUUAAUGAUUUAGACAACACGAAAAAUAGCCCGACUUCUUCUAGGAAUCUUGAUAAUAUCGAUAAAUUUAAAGUUUAAAAACUUCAUAAUUCCUCAUCAAUUAUUUUUUUUUCUCCCCUUUGCAUUUCGAAAUCUCACAAACAAUAUUAAAGCUGAAAAGAAUACAAAUAUAAUUUAUAUUAUUUAUUUCUGAAAAAAUUUGACAUAUUUUUUUUACUAGAAAAUUUCUUUGCACAAUUUUCUAUCAUUGCGAAGUGUCAUACUUUGUAACCACUAUAAAAAACUUUGGAAUCAUUAAAAAUAUGCGAUUUUUAUAAUAAAAAAAAUUAUGCAAAAUUAAAAGAAGACAAAAAUAUCUACCCUAGUUUAUAAGGGAUUAAAAGAUUGUUGUAACUUGUUUGUUAAGGGCUAUUAUUACGAAACACAGGUGUCGAUAAAUAUUUCCAUACUAAAAAUCUCUUUUAAGUCCUAUAUUUAAACUAUUUCUUUUGAAGCGAGCCCUACUCCCAACCCUCCCAUAUAUGUGUAGAAAUCAAGCAAAUGAGAUAAUUAAUAUAUAUAAGUAUAAUGAAAAAUUGUUUAAAUUUACCAUUAUACUUUUAAAAGCAAAACCUUAGCUAAAAUCAGGCCCUCACCUAUAUCCAAUAUAUACUAACCCCACUAGCCUUACAGCAGCCAUUGGCUUAUAUAUAGGUUCCUUUUAUUUUAACCAAAUUUGAAUAUCAUUUUAAUAUGGAUCCAUUUAUCGACAAUGGUAGUGCGUAACAAUGAUCUUUAAAAAGUCAUCGUCUCAUUUUGAUAGAUACAAAUUAUAUAUUGAUUCACAAUAAUAUAUUUUACUAUUUGUUUAUAAUAUUAUAUCAUCUAUAAUUUUAUAAAUGUGUUUUUAAAAAAUAAAUCAGAUAUAAAUUUUAAAUUUAGAAAUAUCCUGA